GUUUAUUGAGGGACUUUUUAGCGGGAACGCGAGGAGUGAAGUUGUGUGAUUUGUUUUAUUUUGUCUACUUAGUGUUUCUUCAGGUUUAAAUGUAUAGUAACGGUGGUUUAUUAACUGUUUAGUAUCUGUGAAAGUGCACAAAUGUGGGAAAAUGAAACAAAGCCAAUGAACGUAACUUCUCGGGAUCCUCCAAAAAGUCCACUGAAAAAAUCUCAGUAAAUCACCACCAUUUUACUGAGAUUAUAUUUCAUCCCAUAUCAUAUAAAUUCAUUUGAUUUCAUCCCAGUUGAUUAAUGUCUCAAAUUAAUCAUCAAUUCAUUUUUCAUAAAAAUAAGAAUGUAAAUUAAAAUAAGACAUUACAUAAAAGUCUUAUGCCCGUAUCUUUAGACGUUUCGUAAAAUAGUCCUCCACUCUAAACUCAUCCGAUGAUGCUCGAAUAUUCCUCCCAAACUUACUCGAGUUUGGUAUUUUUAGUCGACCAUUACAAUAUUCCUCAACUGUCCUCGAGUAAGGUAGAGAGGUGCUAUUGCGUCACCACGACAACAUCAGUUUGAGGAAAAUUUGAUCAAGCUAGCAUCAAACCUAUAAGAGUUCUGUAGCUUAUGGUCAUUGUUUAAUGUCAAAGUCAAGCUACCACUGUCUGUUUGACACUAGACGCAUCGAACUUGUUUGAUGUUUUAGUUGAGAGACUCAUAAAUACGUGCGCGUGCGGUGAAAUAGAAGGUUUUCGUUUUUCUAACCCAUGAUUAAUAAAUUAGAUUUCGGAUUUUGAAUAAUAGCUCCUCCAGGAACCCGGCUUUGUAUUUUUAUUCGCUGUUUCUUUGUUGAAUUUGAUUGCAUCGUCUUUUUGAAGUGCUUUUCCACAACCACCGGUUUAUUAUUCAGGUAAGUUAUGAUUGUGGUGUUUUAUUUAUUAAAUAGUUAACUUUAAGUUAACUCAAAUAGUUAAAUAUUUUUGUCCUUUAUUACUCACUGCCUAAGCAAAGUUUUUUAUAGAUUUUACGUGAAAUUACGAUGCAGUAAAUUAUUUGUCGUUUCAGUUUUUCUAUGAUGACGUCCAGGCAAGUAUUUAGCGAAAGCGAGAAGACCUUGCCUACAAGAAUUAAUUUUAAAAUAUAAUCUGCACAAAACUGCUACCAUGACAGCUAGUCAAAACACAAAAAAACUUUUGUGGAUACAUUUAACAGAAGAAUUCAAUUCAAUUGAAUCAAAUGCAAAGCGAAGUGAGGCCCAGCUCAAGAAGUGCUGGGAUAAUUUAAAAACACGGAGGAAGCACUUUUUAGCUAAUGAAAAGCGUCAGAGAAUGAAGACUGGUGGCGGACAGUGUGUUCCAAAUGAGCCACAGCCUGGUAGCAGCAAUGAGACCCUUAUUUUUGCUGAGGUUCUACUGGAUCAGACUGAUGUGGAACUCAGGGGUGACAUUGACAGUGAUACCAUUUACAGUUCUGAAGAUAUUGCAAUGGAGCUUGAAACAUCAGUUCCAGCAGUAGCGCAACCACAACAGAAUGAUGAAGUUCUGAGUGUCUAUCUAUAUUAAUUAGUUAGGGAGGGAAUGUGCGCACCAGGGUAAUUCAGGAGGAAUUUAAGUUUAGAAAAGAAUCUUAUGAAAAGAAAGAGAGAAGAGAAGAUGAACUCUUUCAAUUCCAAAAAAAGGAAAGAGAGUGGAUGAUGAAGGCAGCAGAAGAAGUAUAUCUAAAAGCAAAGGCUGAGAGGGAAGCUGCAGAAGAUAUUAAAAAAUAUAAUCGGGCUACAAGAGAUUGUAGUGAAAAAUAAUUUAAAUAAAUAACUCAUAAUCA